AUGCUGCCUCCCGGUAGAUGGCAGCUCCGCCGGGCGCGGAGGCAGCGCGCAGGCAGCGCGGGCGGAUGGAGUAGGGCGGGCCGGGGCGCAGCGCCGCGCCCGCGGGCCGCUCCCACGCGUGUCACCGCUCCCACGGCGGGCGGAGAGGCUGCGCCGCCGCCCCAGGUUUAUGUCACCAUGCAGCACUAUGGAGUGAACGGUUACUCCCUCCACGCCAUGAACUCGCUGAGCGCCAUGUACAACCUCCACCAGCAGGCAGCUCAGCAAGCCCAGCAUGCCCCCGACUACAGGCCCUCGGUGCAUGCCCUCACCCUGGCAGAGAGACUGGCUGACAUCAUUUUGGAGGCACGUUAUGGAUCCCAGCACCGCAAACAAAGGCGAAGUCGCACAGCCUUCACCGCCCAACAGCUGGAGGCGCUGGAGAAGACCUUCCAGAAGACUCACUACCCAGAUGUGGUGAUGAGAGAGCGGCUGGCUAUGUGCACAAACCUACCUGAAGCCAGAGUCCAGGUUUGGUUCAAGAACCGGAGAGCCAAAUUCCGGAAGAAACAGCGUAGCCUGCAGAAGGAGCAGCUGCAGAAGCAGAAGGACUGUGAAGGGAGCCACAGCGAGGGAAAGACGGAGCCGCCCGUGCUGGAGACCCAGGCCACCACCCCGGACACCGAGAAAGUCCAGAGUCUCCCAAGCGAGGUGGGCGCAGACCUCAGCCUAACCCUGUCAGAGCAGUCGGCCAGCGAGUCAGCGCCCGAGGACCAGACCGACAGAGAGGAGGAGUUUAAGAGCACCUUGGACGAGGCUAAAGUGGACAAGAGCCCUGGUGUGGACAGCAAGGUUUUGAACUGCAAGAGAGCGAGCCCAAAAGCAGAGUCCCCAAUCAGCGCAACUGUGACGCCUUCAUCCAGCAGUGGCCUGGCUCAGACUCACUCCUACUCCUCCUCACCCCUGAGCCUCUUCCGCCUGCAGGAGCAAUUCCGCCAGCACAUGGCUGCCACCAACAACUUGGUCCAUUACUCCUCCUUCGAAAUGGGGACACCGUCUGCCAUGCCCUACUUGGGCAUGAACGUCAACAUGGCGCCGCUGAGCUCUCUGCACUGUCAGUCGUAUUACCAGUCGCUCUCCCACGCUCAGCAGGUCUGGUCCUCACCCAUCCUGCAGGCCUCCAGCUCCCUUCCAAGCCUGAACAGUAAAACGACGAGUAUUGAGAACCUAAGGCUCCGGGCAAAGCAGCAUGCGGCAUCCCUUGGGCUUGACACCCUACCCAACUGACUGCCAGAUGAGCUAGCAUUGCCCAUGAGAAGAUGCACCAGAGGUUGGCACUAGACAUGUCACUCCUUGAACCCCCACCCACCCUCACCUCUUCCUGGAGUAAGGUGCUCCCUUUCAGGGAAAACUUUGCAUUUAUUAACGUCUUAUUAGCACCAAGAUUGCAUCAGACAUUGCUACUGGCCUCGUCUUCACUAAAUAUUUAAGGAGGAAGGGGGAGAGGAUGUAUGUUUAGACAGAUGAACUGUCCUCUGGACUGCCAUGAGUUAAGCCUGUAACGUUCAGGAGAAGCCCCCUUUCCUCAUCCCUGCGAUAAUGUGCCAACUGUGUUAAUAUACACCUUUUUUUGUUGUUGUUGCGUUCUUUGGGAAAAGAAAGAGUCCUGCUUCGUCUUGUAUAUAGUUUAUAAUGUUGACAGCACCCAUCACCUGUGCGUUACUGUCAGUGUUACAGAACUGUGACCUCUUUUGCUUUUAUACCCCCUUCCUUCUCAAUUUUAGUAGCUAGUAUCCAAGUUACAAAUCAGCCAUCCUCCUGACCUCAGCUUGUAGCUAGUUGCUCUUCAUGGGUCAGCAUCCUAAAGGUGUUUAUGACGAAGAGAAACGAUUGUGCACUUCACUGCUCCACUUCCCCCUUCUCUGCUAAAGCUAAUUUUAUAACAGCCGGGAAAUGACAUGAAGGUGAAUUUCCUGUUUAAGCACUUCCUAUAAGGCAAGCAUUUUUCGUUUACUUUUUAAUAGCACUUGUUCAAAGACAGAGGACAAAAUAUUGGCCUAAUGCUGCUGGCUGGGGAGAAAAAUGAAAGCCAAAUUCACAGGAUUAUUUUUGAUCUAGAUUGUUUCCUCUUUGAUCUUCAGUGAAGUGUAAACUCCUCUAUUUACAAAUUAUGGGGUUUUCUUUUUGGAGAGCAUUUUGGUCUAACUUUGACAAUAGAGAAUAAUAAAAACUUUGUAUGAACUCCUGGUGUGUUCAUACACCAUGAAUUAUAUGGUUCUUUGACAAAAACUUGAUUAGUGCAAGCUGUGUCUAGAAAAAAGCUCUGAUCACCAAAUUCUACCCUCAAGCCCUGCAGCUUCAGAAACUGGUUAGCAAGCGAAAAUGUAACAAGUGAAAAAUGCUGAAAUGCUGGAGGCAAAGCAGGUGAUAAACAGGGGCUUUAUAGUCUCUUUGUAUUUGCUGGAGCUGAGGGGGCAUAGAUGAACUUGCCAAAAAUGCAGGCUUUGCAAGUAACCAAAAUUCACCAGCUUCAAAAUUAUUUCAGUGAACAGCUUCAGCCUCGUUUCAUUGGAACGACCCAUCAUUCAACCUAGGGUGGUUUUCCUUGUUGAGAAGAAAUGUUUCUGCCAACUCAAACCACGGGAGUUUUUUGCCAAACCAAAUAAAUCCUUUGAACCCACUCUGUUAUCCCGAGCAUUAGGGAGGGAUGAUAUCCAGAUCUAAUCUCUAACAUUGCCUAGGACCAAAAAAUCCAGACUGACUCUGUGGCAGGUGCUACGUUUGAAUCCCAAGGUUGUCAGCCGGGUCUGCCACUAACACACAGGGCAGUUCUGUGCUAAUUCACUGCAGAUGAUCAGCUGGUCCAUACUUGAUUUAACCAUGAAGUGUAGAUCCAUAGCCUAUGGCCCCACUCGCUCCCACCUUGCUUCAUACCAGGGCAGAAGCCAGGGGUCAAAUUACCUCUUUAAACAUGGGGGGAAAGACUGUUUUCAACUCCACUAAUGCCUCUUGAAAAAGCAUCUAACUCCUGCAAAUAGAGAUGUAAGAAUAGCCAAGUUUGACGGAAAAUGGUGUGUUAUCCCUCAUAAAGUUAUAGCAAGAGCGGACCUCCGGAGGGGGCAGCUCAUCGACUGCACCAGCUUCCACGGAAAGUGGAGCAUCUUCCUUAAACGUUUCUGUUGUGCCAAACACUUCAGUUUGGGGGUUUUCUCUCCUGCUUUAGUUCUCCUGACUUUGUCAAAUCAGCCCCUGUGACCGUCAGAAUUCUCCACAUUGCCAAAAACAAAGGUAUUCGUAGGAAGCAGAUUUUUGGCUGCCGCUUUCAAAGGAGUUUGAUUAAAUUAAAACCACCAAAGAACAUUUACUGUCUCCAAAAAGAUCCUUUGAAAGUCCCAGCUUCCAUUUUUUGUAGCCUGUCACCCAAACCAGGGACACCAGGACAAAGCUUUAAUUUUUCUCCUCUUCCUUCCUCAAAAAGCUAUAUUAAUCUUUAUUUUUAAUGCCUCACACUAACAUCAGUGCAUUUGUAGGAUAUGGAGUUUCUUUGCCAGAGCAGAGCAACUGCAAAUUUAAUUAACGGCCCUUCUGAUGUUGUUCCCUGGUGCCAGUCUAGACUGAGCUGAUGAAGCGAACAAGGGUGGUAAUUGGCAGUGAGACCAGAUCUGGA